CGCACACACAACGCGUAAUCAAAACAACAGGUCGGAAAUUCAAGAAAAGGCCCGCUUCGAAAAUGACCGCAAUCGACAAAAUUCAAGCCUUGGAUCUCAUAGAAAGGGAACUGAUUCUGUGUCUUCAAAGUGCCGGUGCCGCUUUGCUGGAGCUGAGUAAGGAGAAAACAAGCCAGAAAGCCACCGAGACCAACGUGAACCAGUUCCUGAAGUCGCUCAACAACGUCGAAUCGAAGCUGUCGGAGCAGAUCAACUAUUUAACGCAAGUGUCCACCGGACAGCCACACGAAGGUUCUGGCUAUGCUUCGGCCAAGGUGCUGCAGAUGGCUUGGCACCGCAUACAGCACGUCAAGUCACGGAUCAAGGAGCUGGAAGAGUGCAAGCUGCGCUACAUACAAGCCAACCGAAUGCAGUCCAACCGGGUCGGCCAAAACGCCUCUUCUACCACCGCUGGAGUUUUGAUGUAGAAAGCGAGUAAAAAGAUCAUAUUUAUCAAAUCUAAUAAAACCAAAAUCAUUUUUA